AUGCUAGCCACGCUCAUCCUUCUUCUCGUCUACCAAGUUACAGUAAUCUUUUCCUCGCAAUGGACGUCUUCUCAAUUUCCGGAUCUUCGUGGUCCUACAGUCAAUCAAUGCGUGGCAGUUUUGCCACGAAACAAGCAGCAAUUGUAUGUGUGUGACCCAGAUCACAUGCUCAAUAAUACACAAGCGAUGCAAUUGAACAUUCAAUUACAAGAAUUGGCAGUUGGAACGCCAUGUCAUUGUCAGAGGAGAUCACAGUGUACGACUGGAAUUGAAGGAAGCGGCGGAAAAGAAGGUCUCCACGGAUUCAUUGUCUCCAUCGCCAUCGUUAAAAAUCUCUACAUGCACAUGCACUCACCAAGUGACACGCAACUCACUGAGCGAGCCGAGGCGUUUUGUCGAGCUCUUGAGGGUCGCUGGGCUCUUGGAGAUUGCGGAAAUUCGGUUAUUGUUUUUGUAUGGCAACAUUAUAAAAAGAUGGUGAUCUGGCCUGCAAGACUAGCCGAAAAAUACAUAACAUCUGAGGAGAGGAAGGCAAUACUCACAAAAGUCAAUGAUUACGCACAAACUGACGAUUGGUUUCCAGCUCUUUCUACGAUAAUCAAAGAAAUAUCAAAUGAGCUGAAUGGUCCACCAGAGCCAAGAUUCGACACAGGAACAUUGUCACUGUUGUUAUCAGUUGGGCUAGCAGUUGGUCUCACACUUUUUAUCACAUGUUGCGUCUGCGCAUUCCGAUGCUGUGGAAACGUCAAAACACGAGAACGACGGAAGAGUGUGGAACGAGCGAUGGACAAUCUCAGGAACAGCGUCAUUCGACGAGGCAGUCAGUUUCGCAGGUUUGAUUGUCAGUGUAUUCCCAUGCUGUGUACC